AUGAGUCUAAUGCGUGCUUAUGUGAGAAUUAAAUACGGAAUACAUUUGGAUACUUCUAGUGAUGAAGAAGAAAAAGCUUUGCUAAUGUUUACACAAUUGUGUUUGGAUGAACGACUGUAUAUCAUUCGACAACCGAUACCUAGGGAGGUGCAGAUACGUAGUGUAAUUACCCGAGAUCAAGCGUGGCAUGAUGCGAAAAUGAUGAAUGAUUAUUUUACACCUGGAACUGGUUAUACCUCAAGACAAUUUAAACAACGUCUAGGCAUGAGGGAAGAAUUAUUCGAGAAAUUGUUAGGAAAAAUUCUUGAAGUGGAUCCAGAAUGGCAACAAUGUCCGGAUGCAACUGGUACUACGGGGCAUUCUCCACAUAUGAAAUUAGUUGUCGUGAUGAAAUGUUUAUGUAAAAGUACGGCAGCUGACAGUGUUGAUGAUUACACUCGUAUGGGUGCAACUAAAAUAUACAAAUAUCUAAAAAGAUUCUGCCACACCAUUUGCAUGACUUUUGGAGAAAGAUAUUUGCGUCAACCCACUCCUGAAGAUGUUCAGAGGUUGUUAGCUGAGAAUGUCGAACGAGGAUUUUCAGGAAUGCUUGGUAGUGUUGAUUGUAUGCAGUGGCCAUGUAAGAAUUGUCUGAUAGCUUGGCAAGGAACUUACCGUGGUAAAGAGAAAUAG